AUGUUCCCCCCACAGUUGGGCAACCUAAACAUUGAGGCACUGAGUGGCAUUUGUGGCUCAAUCUCUCUUGUCUGCUGGGUGGUAGUUUUCUCUCCACAGAUCAUUGAAAACUUCCGACGUGGCUCUGCAGAUGGCCUCUCACUUCUUUUCCUCAUAGUUUGGCUGGCUGGCGAUGUCUUCAACAUUCUUGGAGCUGUCAUGCAGGGCGUCCUGCCAACUAUGAUUAUCUUGGCAGUCUACUACACAUUGGCAGAUAUUGUUCUGCUUGGGCAGUGCUUCUACUACCGAGGAUUUAACCUCAAAGAAGAGUUCUCGCCUUCGCCCACCCCAGAUGCUCCCGCUGGGGCCUCAGGCGAAAGUGCUGAUUUCGGACCGGCACCAACCGAGCAAUCAGCUCUGCUUCCAAAGUCCAACGGACAUGCCCAUAUCCACGGCCCGCACACAACUAGCAAUGGCGCUCAGCACCAUGGGGAAGUACCGUCAUUAGCUCAGGGACGUCGUCAUUCUGCAACCUCAUUUCGGGAAAUCUUGCAUUCCGUCGAUGGAACCCAUCUAUCUCCCGCGACACCUCUCAUUGAUGCAAAUGUGACUGCCGCUGCUCUUGCGCGUCGUCGUCAGCGUAGAAUCUCUAGCAUCCAAGCUUUCCUGUUCAAUACCACUGCCAUUGCCCUCGUCUGCACUGCAGGUGUCCUCGGCUGGUACUUCAGCCCCGCUUCGAAGAAGAGCUCAGAGCCCGAGCCUCUCACUAUGGAUACAAUGGGUCAGGUCUUCGGGUAUCUAUGCGCGGCUUUGUACCUCGGCUCUCGGCUUCCACAGAUUCUUUUGAACUUCCGGCGGAAAUCUACCGAUGGUGUCUCUUUCUUGUUCUUCCUGUUUGCUUGCAUUGGCAAUCUGACUUAUGUGCUGUCUAUUCUGGCAUACUCUCCCGUUUGCCGGGGUGUGAAAAGCGUGGAUAUCACUUCCCACCACCAUCAACCGAAAUGCGCCCCGGGCGAGGCCACGGCUAUUUAUGGACGGUAUAUCCUGGUCAAUCUGUCGUGGCUGAUUGGCAGUUUUGGAACACUCUUGCUCGACGGAGCGAUUUUCGUGCAGUUUUUCUUGUACCGCGAUGCCAAAGAUAUUGAUGAGCACGAUGGGUAG